AUGACAAAACUGAGCGAUAUAACCGACAUUCGGCGACCAAUUUAUCAUAUAAAGAAGGACACUAUCGCAGCAGAUCUUAUAUUUAGCGUUGUUAGCAAAACAACUGGUCUUAUACCAGGUGCUCGUGGCCGUAGAUUCAAUCCGAUGAUUGACCAAACAGAAGCUAUUCUAAAGACACUUGGGAUGGAAAUGCUGGUCAGAAGCAGAAAUCCCGUAAAGCAAGGUUACCAGUCGUUCGGACCACGGACAUUGUCCAUUUGGUCAUCGCCUGGUGAAUCAAAUUGCAAAGCCGGAGCAGCCGUUCACGUCAACUGUUCGAAAGUGCUAACAAUUGUGAAAAUGGCCGAAUAUGGAACAUUUACCCAAGAACAGCUGGCCGGUGCUGGUCAGGAUACAACGGUGGAAGCUCUCUUGCCGAUGAAUAAGGAUCGUGAAAGAAGAAAAAAGAGAGCAAGGAAAGACGGAAAACGAAGCGAUGAUGCCGGCAGUCCUAACAGGGAGACAUAA